GUCAAAACAAAAUAAAAAUCCAAUCUUUAUCUCAAUUCCAUAAAAGGGUAUAUACUAUAUACUCAUGUUUUUUUGUAUUUAUCUUGUCUUUCUUCAAAAGUCAAUUCCCUCAUAAAAAAAUAUGAACUUGAUUACAAAACCAACAUGGGUUUUGCCCUUCUUCUUCUUCUUGUUCUUCUUCUCCACCAUGGUUUCAAUUACUAUCUCAUAUUGUGUUAGUGAAGAUAAUAAUAAUUUAUGUUGUAACAAUAAUGUGUAUGAAGGGAGUUGGGUUUUGGAUGAUUCAUAUCCUCUUUAUGACUCUAAAACUUGUCCUUUCAUUAGAAAAGAAUUUGAUUGUCAAAAGUAUGGUCGACCAGAUCAUAUUUAUCUCAAAUACAGAUGGCAACCCAAUGAUUGUGACUUGCCAAGGUUUGAUGGUGGAGAUUUUUUGAAGAUAUUAAAAGGGAAAAAGAUUAUGUUCAUUGGUGAUUCAAUUAGUUUAGACCAUUUUGAAUCUUUUCUGUGUUUGAUUCAUUCUGCAAUACCAUUUGAUUCUGAAAUCAUUCGUGAAACGAAUGGUUCUGUUUCUUCCAUCAUAUUUAAGCAUUAUGAAGUUUCUGUGAUGUUAUACAGUUCUCAUUACUUAGUGGAUAUUGUAGAGGAGGCGAUCGGUCGGGUUUUGAAACUCGAUUCGUUGAAUGGUGGAGAUGUGUGGAAAGAAAUGGAUGUUUUGAUCUUCAACACUUGGCUUUGGUGGUAUAGAAGUGGAGAAACUCAACCAUGGGAUUAUGUUCAAGACGGUGACAUGAUACUCAAAGAUAUGGAUCGAAUGGAGGCAUUUCAGAAGGGUUUAACAACAUGGGCUAAGUGGGUUAAUACGAGUGUCGAUAUAGAAAAGACUAGAGUCAUUUUUCAAGGAAUUAGUCCUUCACAUUACAAAGGGAGUGAAUGGGGUGAGCCUAAAGUAACAAACUGUGGAAAUGAGACAGAACCGGUGAGCGGUUCGAUCUACAAUGGCCCUUUACCGAAAGCAUUGUUUGUUCUUACAGAUGUGUUAAACCAGAUAGAAAAACCAGUUCAUUUGCUUAACAUAACAACAUUGUCACAGCUUAGAAAAGAUGGGCAUCCUAGCAAAUAUAAUGCCUUUAAGGGUAUGGAUUGCACACAUUGGUGUAUUGCUGGUGUUCAAGACACUUGGAAUCAACUUCUAUAUGUAGCUAUCAAUAAUUACAAUAUUACUAUAUCAUAAAAGGGUUCUCUUUUUUUCUAAUUGACCAUUUUUUUCAAUACAAGUACUCUUCAAUAAGAUUAUACAUUGUAAUCUCAA